CCGAUACAGUUCACAUAUUGUAAAAUGUAUUAGUAAAAUAAUGAGAUUUUUAAUAUCAUAAACUGUUACAUGGAUUAUCUAAAGGGGAAAUUCUAACAAAAAUGUUCAGAUCAUUAACAUUGUAAACAUCGUUCUGCUUCUGUUGGAGGACGUUUCAUUUUGGCCACUAGGUGGCGAUCGCGCUAUAACAUUACACCUUAUUCAAGAAGAAGACGACUGUAUGAGCAGUGCGGAGCAACAGGUCUGGCCUAUAAUCUGCUGGCCGAUCAAAAGCAACAUCUGUUAAGGAGGAGAAGAAAACAGGGUGAACAAACACCUCCUGCUCGCAGAGCCUCGACGUUUCGCUCCAUUAGUGGCACCCCUGACCUCCUCCUCCUCCUCUUCCUCGGUUGUUUGGUCUGUGGAAAGCACCUGAAAGGCAUGGGACACACACCCAGGGCAGAAGUGAUGUGGAGCAUUGGCUGGUGUUCAGCUCUGUGAGGAGGAUGAAUGUGAAGUGGAGGACGAGGAGGAGCGGCUGAGGGGAAGAGGACGAGAGGAGAACGAUUGGAGGCGCGCAAUGAGAGCUUUAAACCGCCGGAACGUCACAGAGGAGAGAAAGGGAAGGGAGGAUGAAGCUGAGAAGGAAAGACUACAAGCUAAACCCACCUGCUUUAUCAUAGUAGGAAAACCUGGUGUUGGCAAAUCCACCUUGGCCAAAAAAAUGGCAGAAUCCUGGAAGUGUAUUCUAAUUGAUGACACUGACCUGCUCAACACUUAUAUAAAUAAUAAAAGUCAGGAAGGAAUGGAGCUUCUUAGCAUCUUAUCUGAGGGGAAAAGCAUAACAGAUGAUGUUGUGCUACAGCUGAUUCUCGCCAGACUCAACUCACCAGACGUUGAGCAUUAUGGUUAUGUCCUGAGCUGCCUUCCGUUUCUGUCAGACGAUCAUCAGAGCGUUCACAAGCAGCUAGAACUGGUCCAGAACCUGAAGUUGCCCCCAGAUUUCAUCAUAAAUAUUAAGUGUCCGGAUAGCGAUCUGGUCCAGAGGCUGUCGGGUCUGAGGACGCACCCAGAAACUGGACAGUCAUUCAGCAGGGACCAGUGGGAGCGUGAGGAGGAGGAGUAUGGCAGGGAGGAGGAGAGGGAGAUGGAGAGUGAUGAAGAGCAGACUGAUGAGGAACUCUCUAAGGAGAGGCUGGACGCGCUGCUGUGGAUGCCAGAGAAUCUCCCCGCUAACAGCCUCGACAGAAUUCACUUGUACAACCAUUCAGUGCUGACGCAAGUGAAGGACUACAUGGAAGGCUAUAAUCCUGCGUUCUUGCUGGAGCUGGAUGGGAACAACACACCUGAGGAGCAACUGCAGUGUGUGAUGUCUCGUCUUGGAUCCAUGGCUGUCCGACCUGUUGCUGUUCCGGUGCUCCUAAACCUCCUUGAGGAGGAGACGGAUACGGAAGAUAUUUUGAGAAGUUUAUCUUCGUCCCAAACGGCAGUCCCCGGUUUUUUGUGGAGAUGGAGCCGCUGGGGCCAAACCUGCCCUGUUGCUCUGAAGGAAGGCAAGGCCCUCACUGGUAGUCCUGAGUUUUCUGUUGGCUUUCAGGACAAACUGUACCUCCUUUCUUCUCAGGAAGCCCAUCAAAAGUUCCUCACAAACCCCAGAGAGUACUUACACCCUCCGAUGCCCCGAGCUCCUUGCAGAGUGUCCAUCACUGGGGCUCCUCUGACGGGGAAGAGCACUCUGUGCAGACUUGUAGCUCAGCAUUACGGAGCAGUGGUACUUGACGUGGAGGAGCUGCUGCAGCCGGUGCUGGCUGAGGCGGAGGAGGAACGACUCCUAAAAAUUAAAGUCGUAACAACCCGGUUUGCAAUAGAAAAAAUCCAGGAAAGUAAUGAAGACAUUUUAGUGACAGAGAAUCAUCCAGCCGUGCAGGAAAUCCUCCUUAAAACUAUGAAUGAAGCUGGAAAGUCAGUCGUACAUCCGAUCGACCUGUACGCUGAGGUUCUGGAAAAACACAUAAAAAAGGUUGAAGAGGAGAAGGUCUGGACCGGAUGGGUGCUUGACAACUUUCCCAGGAGGCUUUCAGAUGUCGAAGUGCUGCAGAAAAGUGAAAUCCUCCCAGACAUCAUCGUCUGCCUGAGACACGCUGACACGAUGGUUUCAGAGAAAAAAGGGAACAAAGACAUUAGAGACCGACUUCUGAGAAACAGGAAACUAUUACAGCAAAAGAAGUUGGAGAAGCUUUCAAGUCUGCCGGAGGUUGUUGAAGAAGCUGAUGCUGGAGCACCACAGGAAGAACGGGAAUCCAGCGACCAAGAAGAGAUUUCUGACUAUGUCCUGCAGCUGCAACAGUUCGAUAAGGAAUGGGAGCAAAUGCAGAUUGUUUUACCGACCACCUGCUUUGAGCCUGAGAUCGACGGGAAAAGUCCAGAAAACUUAACCCAACAGAUCAUCUCUGAGAUGGAGAAGUCGUUUCAGUAUCAGUCCCACAAGUUGUCUGACUUUGACUUGGAGGAGGAGGAAAAUUAUUUCAAAGCCCUAGUAGACCAAGAAGAAGAAGAAGAAGAGAACAACAGCGACAUUUCUGCAGCAGAAGAGGAAGAUAUGCAUCCCAAAGCGAAACGUUUGCUAGGAGAUACCAAGCAUUUCUGUCCAGUCGCCUUAAAAAACCACAAUGUUCUGCAUCCGUGCACCGAUGACAUCGCUGCAAGAUACCGCGACAGAACCUUUUACUUUUCCAGCCAGGAGGCCAGAGACUCAUUCCUCCAAAAUCCUGCUCACUUUGUUGCACACUCUGAGCCUCUCAAGCCUCCUGCCCUCCGAAUCUUCAUGCUGGGCCCCAAAGGAUCCGGAAAAUCCUCUCUGAGCGAAGAGCUUUCACAGCAGCUUGGGCUCUUCCACGUUCAGUUCAUCGAGAUGCUCCAGAUGAUGAUCGUGGCUAAGACAAAAACGCGGGUGUCUCUGGUGGACGAGGUCGUGCCUUGGAGCGACAACUUUGGCGACCUGGAGGCCUCGAUUAAAAAAUUCAGCCUGGGGAGCGAGGAGCAGCUGGAGGACAGGGGGAGCGUCCAAGAGCAGGAGGAGUCUGAAGAGGACAUGACAGCAGAAGAAGUAGCCAUCAAAGCUUAUUUAUCAACAGGAAAACCGCUGAGUCCACAGAUUCUUGAUUCAGUCGUCGAACCGUUUUGGAAACAAGAACCAUACAUGUCCACGGGCUUCAUUUUGGACGGCUUUCCAAACAGCGUAGAGGAGGUGCAGUUCAUGCUGGAGCAGCAGCUCCUUCCUGACGUGAUCGUAGUGUUGGAGCUGGACGCGGCAGAAGUUCAGAAGCGACUUUUUCCGGCCUGUCUUGAGAAAUGGCGAGAGCUCAGCAGCCGUCGCAAACAACAGCUGAGACUUCUGUCUGAGCUGCGCAGGAAACGCUGGGAGGACGACAUCGCAAAGAAAAUGGCUGAGCUUAAGCAAGCAAAGGAUGAAGACGAUGCUGAUGAAGAAGAUGAGGAGGAUUUAGAGGCAAAUCUAAAAGAAGAGUUUCCUUUUGAAGAAGACGACGACCUGGAAAAUAUAGAGACUGAAGAGGCGGCAACGCAGAGGCUGGAACUGGAAAUAGAGAAUCAGUUUCUAACGGACGAAAAGAACCUUUCUGCAGUGAUGGAAAGCCUCAGCGAACAUAGUAUUCCACAACUGGCUAUAGACGCGUCUCGAAAACUCGUAACCGUUCUGCGUCAGCUCCAGCGGAGAGUCCAGCCUCUUCUAACCGACAGAGAGUCGCUCUUCCAAACAUGUCAGCCCAUCUCAUCCAGGCUGGCAAAGAAGCUGCUGCUCUCCAGUUACAAGUUUCCAAGUGGCUUCGGAUGCUCUGAUCCCGUCCAGCUCUACAAAGACGGAGAUCAAAUCCAGCCUCUGCUGUGGCCCCUCGACGCCACAUACCCCCUCCUCUUCAACCAGUACGUCUACCUUUUUGCAACCAAGGAGAACCGCGACUCCUUCAUGUCCAACCCCUUAAAGUACCUCCGGCAGCCAAAACCUUCGGCCAAACUUCCAAUCAAGAUCGCCGUUAUCGGACCCCCUAAAUCAGGGAAAACCACCGUGGCGGAAAGCUUGGCCCAAAAUUACAGACUAGAGCGGCUCUCCAUCGGCGGCUGCGUGAAUACAGUGCUGAACAAUCAGGGACACACCGAGCUCGCCUUGAAGAUGAAAAAGUAUCUCACAGAGGGCCUCGUGGUGCCUGAUGAGCUGGCCAUCCAGUGCCUGACGGUGGCGCUCAUGAGCUCCACCUGCAGCACUAAAGGGUACGUCUUGGAUGAUUUUCCAAAAACCCUAAAACAAGCAGAGUUGAUGAGUUCUCACAGAAUCAUCCCCACGGUCGUGACCGAGCUGCAAAUGGACUUUCAGGAGGCGCAACGGAGAAAUCUGGCCGACAAGAGUUGUAACAAGCCUCACCUGUUGCACGAAAGCUUCGAGGUCCUCAAAAUGGCAGAUUAUAAUUACAAGAAAGAGGCGGAACACAUACGGUCUCAUUUCCUGGAACAUUAUCAAAACUUCUUGGUUCUUGAUGCCUUGAAGAGCAAAUGGUGGAUUUGGGAGAAGAUCGUAGAGGAGGCCAGCCUCAGCAUGAAAAGCAUCUGCACUUACCUGGAGAAGGUUCAAACUGGCCAAGCAACCUGCGUUUACAGAUCAGGCAUUGCACCAGCAGAGGUGGCGCGCCGGCUUGGAGAGUUUGACCAGUACUGCCCUGUUUGUCUGGCUCGACAUUGCCAUCUGGUGGACUGCUCGGGAACUACAAGCUUGGCUCUUGUUGCUGAGUACAGGAAACUUUUUUACAGGCUGUGUGGUGAAAAACACCUGGAGGAGUUCCUGUCAUCUCCGGAUCAGUUUGUGCCCCCGGGGUGCCCCCACGUCCUCCCACAACCCCACCUGCUGCCUAAAAAGCUGACUGACAUUGAGGUGAAGAGCAGAUUCCCACAGCAGGCUGAACUGAAGGGCUUCUGUCCUGUUACUUACUGGGAGGGAAAGCAGAGGUAUGAAGCUCUGGUUCAAGGAAAGACUAAAUAUGCAGCGGAAUACAGAGAACGACUUUACAUCUUUGAGUCACAGCAGAAGCAGGACACAUUUAUGAGGACUCCUGAGACAUACUGGAAACAAAAGUUGCCCAAAAAGGUUCCAUCUCUUUGCGAGCCUGUGCUGCUCACCUCACUACCAUCACUGGGCUACAUGGAACAGGGAAUGGCAAACCCGUUAAUUAAAGCCAUGACUGCAGCUGGGUGUCUCAAACCGAAGUUUCCUUUUCUCAGUGCACGGAAGUCUGUCCUCAUCUAUGUGGGACUCUAUUUGAAAGCUUUUAACCCCAGGAGCAGCGAAUACUCACGACAAAAGUACAAAAGGAAGCUGGCUUCAUUUGAGGAGGACUGUGCGCUCAUUCCUUACCUGAGCUCAAAAAUGAACCCUCCUCCUGUCGAGUUUUCCGUCGAUCUUCAGUUUAAACUGAACAAAUUUCUGGCACUUGAAGGUGCUGCAUCUGUUUUGUAACUCUGAGUGCAGCUUGUCUUCUGUUUUAGUUCCAAAAGUCAAUGUAAAUGUUGUUAAAGGUUCUCUGGAGCGGCAGGAAAUCCCAGUUUGUUGUGUUUAGAGCAUUGUUUUUACUGGUUGUUAGCCUCUCUACUGGACUAAUUUAAGGAUAGACAGUUUUGAUUAAAAUGAUUUAGCCUUGUAGUUCUUUAUUGUCAAACUUAAAUACUUAAACGGAAAUCCCUCUUUCUCCAAUGAAUGAGUUUUGUGGAUAAAAUUGUGAUUUUAGUUAACAAAUUGCUUUUACCUACAAUUAUAGGUCCAGAUGUCCCACCUACAUGAGUAAGCAUAAUAUUUAGCACUUUCUACUUGGAAAUGUUCCCAUGGGACUGAAAAAAACAAAUAAAUAAAUAAAAUAUUGAAUUGGUAGACACAUUGCAGCAAGGAUUUGGAAUUUAUUGCAUGAAAAGGGUAAUCAAAUCUACAAAUAAAUGUCCUUUUUAAGAUCUUACGUACGUCUGAAACACUGGGCUCACCAUGUUUUUUUUUAUUGCCAUCCCACAGCUAUGGAAUAAUAUUCCUUCACAUCUGCACAUGACAUCAGACCUGAAUAGUUUUAAAUGUAGCCAAAUACUUUACCUUUUUAGAAUGGUUUUAAUACUCAGAAGUUGGUUCCAUCUUAUUUUCUUUUACUUGUUUUAUUGAAAUUAUAUCUGUCUUUUAUGUAUAUUAUUAUUUGUCAUCACUUUUUUCUGCCUUUUUUUAUUCUUAAUUUGCUUAAUUUUUGAAAAACUUAUUUUUAUCUCAGUUUUUUCUUAAGGCUCUCUGAUUGUAUUGUAAAUUGCUUUAUAAAUAAAGCUUCAACCAUUCAACUUGGGAUUUGAAUUACAAAUAAAUAAAUGACAGACUAAUUGA